AUGGAAGAAACAAAUACACAGAUUGCUUGGCCAUCAAAGCUGAAGAUUGGAGCAAAAUCAAAAAAAGAUCCCCAUAUUAAAGUUUCUGGAAAAAAAGAAAACGUUAAAGAAGCAAAAGAGAAAAUCAUGUCUGUUUUGGACACAAAAAGCAAUCGGGUAACCUUAAAGAUGGAUGUUUCACAUACAGAACAUUCUCAUGUGAUAGGUAAAGGUGGCAAUAAUAUUAAAAAAGUGAUGGAAGAAACGGGAUGCCAUAUCCAUUUUCCAGACUCAAAUAGAAACAAUCAAGCAGAGAAAAGCAACCAAGUGUCUAUUGCAGGACAGCCAGCUGGAGUGGAGUCCGCAAGAGUCAGAAUUCGGGAGCUGCUUCCAUUGGUACUCAUGUUUGAAUUGCCUAUUGCUGGAAUUCUCCAACCCAUCCCAGAUCCGAAUUCUCCAACCAUUCAGCAUGUAUGUCAGACGUAUAACGUUUCAGUUUCCUUCAAACAGCGCUCUCGAAUGUAUGGUGCUACAGUCAUUGUCAGAGGGUCACAAAACAACACUAGUGCUGUGAAGGAGGGAACAGCCAUGCUGUUGGAACACCUGGCUGGGAGCCUGGCCUCUGCAAUCCCUGUGAGCACACAGCUCGACAUUGCAGCGCAGCAUCAUCUCUUUAUGAUGGGUCGAAAUGGAAACAACAUCAAACAUAUCAUGCAACGGACUGGUGCUCAGAUCCACUUCCCUGACCCUAGUAACCCACAGAAGAAAUCCACUGUCUACCUCCAGGGCACAAUUGAGUCUGUCUGUCUUGCCAGGCAAUAUCUCAUGGGUUGCCUUCCCCUUGUGCUCAUGUUUGAUAUGAAGGAAGAAAUUGAAGUAGAACCACAGUUUAUAACACAGCUAAUGGAGCAGUUAGAUGUCUUCAUAAGCAUUAAGCCUAAGCCAAAACAACCAAGCAAGUCUGUGAUUGUAAAAAGUGUUGAACGAAAUGCCUUAAAUAUGUAUGAGGCACGGAAAUGUCUCUUGGGACUUGAAAGUAGCGGAGUCACCGUAGUAUCAAAUCCCUCUACUGUCUCAUGCCCUGUUGGUCUGUCUUGUCCUGGUUUGGAUAUUUUGUCCUCAGCAGGACUAGGACUCACUGGGCUUGGCCUUUUAGGUCCAACAGCCCUGUCAGUCAACACCUCAACUGCUCCAAACUCUCUGUUGAAUGCCCUUAAUAGCUCUGUGAGCCCUUUGCAGAGUCCAAGUUCAGGGACGCCCAGUCCCACAUUGUGGACAACAUCUCUUGCUAACACAAACACCCCAGGUUUUUCUGCUAUUCCACACCUAAUGAUACCAUCUACUGCCCAAGCAACCUUAACUAGUAUUCUGCUGUCUGGAGUGCCUAAUUAUGGUCAGAACACUCCAUCUCCACCACCAGGCUUGACUCCUGUUGAAGUCCAUGUCAAUGGCAUGCAAUCAGAAAGUAAAAAAGGUUCACCUUCUUUAAAUGGUCACGUAAAGGCCUCAAAUAUCAAGUAUGCUGCACUGUCUGCCACAUCUCUGGGAGAAAACGUGUUGAGCACAAACCACAGUGAUGGAGUAAGGCAGAAAGGUGCUCAUGGAGCCUCAGAACAAGUAGUUGCCAAGGCAAAUAGUGAAGAAGGUUGCAAUGAUGCUUUUGUAGAAGUGGGCAUGCCUCGCAGUCCGUCCCACUCAGCAAACACCAGUGACCUGAAGCAGAUGAUAAGCUCUUCCAAGCAGGCCUGUUCCAAGAGACAAACAGUGGAAUUACUGCAUGGCACUAAAAACUCCCACUUACACACUGCGGACAGGCUGCUCUCAGAGGCCGAGCUGGCUGCCCCAGAGAGCCCCGUGGCCGAUAAGAAGGCCCCAGGCAGUGAGCGGGCGGCCGAGCGAGCGGCAGCUGCCCAGCAGAACUCGGAGAGAGCACGUCUGGCUCCGCAGCCCUCCUUUGUGAACAUGCAGGCAUUUGACUACGAACAGAAGAAACUACUAGCGACCAAAGCUAUGUUAAAGAAGCCAGUUGUAACAGAAGUGAGAACUCCAACAAACACAUGGAGUGGUUUGGGGUUCUCUAAAUCAAUGCCUGCAGAGACUAUCAAGGAACUAAGAAGAGCGAAUCAUGUAUCGUACAAGCCUUCCAUGACAACUACAUAUGAGGGCUCAUCCAUAUCUCUUUCCCGGUCCAGCAGCCGGGAGCACCUGGGAAAUGGCAGUGAAUCUGAUAACUGGAGAGACCGAAAUGGGCUUGGACCCACUGCCCAUGAUUUUGUCUCCUCAAUUGGCAGCCCCAAACGGAAACAAAACAAAUCAGCUGAACACUAUCUCAGUAGCAGUAACUACAUGGACUGCAUUUCCUCGCUGACAGGAAGCAAUGGCUGUAACCUCAACAGCUUGUUUAAGGGAUCUGACCUGCCUGAGCUCUUCAGCAAGCUAGGUUUGGGCAAAUAUACAGAUGUAUUCCAGCAGCAAGAGAUUGAUCUGCAGACAUUCCUCACUCUUACGGAUCAAGAUUUGAAAGAGUUGGGAAUUACCACUUUUGGUGCCAGAAGAAAAAUGCUGCUUGCAAUCUCAGAACUGAACAAAAACCGAAGAAAGCUCUUUGACCCGUCAAACAUCCGUGCCUCGUUCCUGGAAGGUGGAGCCAGUGGGAGACUGCCACGCCAGUAUCACUCGGACAUUGCCAGUGUCAGCGGGCGCUGGUAGCAGGAGGUUGGGCUCAGAAAUCAGCUGGAAAGAUGGACAUGGCAAUCCUGUGGACAGCCUUCACUGCACACCACCCUCUGCACUUUGGGAGUUUAGGUGUCAAGGACCAAAGCGUUUUGUAUGCACAAUACUGUGCCAAAAAAUCAGAGAGAACACAUUUUGUCAGUUGUCUUUUGAAACACCAAAUGUGGGUUAUGUUUUACUCAUAUAGAUUGGACAGAAUUUGCAAUAAUAAUAAUAUAGGGUUCUUUGUUUAGUAUUUUAUUACCUAUAACUAUAAUGUAUGCACUGAAUUUUGUACUUUGUUGAAUGAAGGAGGAAUGAGGAGCUGGGAUGCCAGAGAGCAUAGAUUUGGCUUUAUCAAGAUGGAUUCUUCUGGUACUGCUUAAAAUAAUUAUUGAGGUCUUUCUGCACUUUACAUGUUCUGAUUUCUUGUCCUGUGGAAAUCUAUUUCUCUUUCAUUUCCAUAUCAAUUUUUAUAUUGGCACUAAUCAAAAUUUUUCAGGUGUUCCUACAUUGUCACAUCUCACUAUAAUGGUACUAGAAACUGGUUCUUAAGUAGAUUUUUCUUUUUCCUCUCUGUCUCCCAGGUAGUUAUCUGAAGAGAUUGUUCCAAAAUCAAGUCACCUGGUAGUGGACCUGUCCUAUUAUACUCUUAUGAAGCAGUCUAAUGCUGCCUGCAAUAAUACUCACUGUAACAAAUGCAAUGAAAGACCAAAAUGGACCUUGCAAUAUUAACCCUUUGCAGUCCACAUAUUUAACUGCUGCCUUUAUGCUGAAACUGUUUUUAAUGGUUGUCUCAAAGCAAAGGGCUAUUUUUAGUACCCUGCCACUAAAGGACACUUAUUUAUAUCAGACUUUUAUUUUUAGAUUCUAUACACCUACAAUAUGUAACGAAUUAAACUGAUCUACUGCAGAUUUAUGGUAGAGACCAAAAGGCAUUCAUCAAACUAGAGCUCUAGGCUGUCAGUUUGAUUAAACAGACAACUAAUCUAAUUUGACAAGACAGCACUGUUGCCAUUUAAUAAAUGACACAUAUUACUUACAUGACUAUGCAUGCAGCAGUGAAAUGACCUACAUAAAAUAGGUGUAAUAGCAUCUGUUUUGUUCAAUCUAGAUUUGUAAUUGUGAGCUGCAGAAGUGUUUGAAACUCUGGAGUUGAACUGUUUCUGAAACAAGUUAUGUUCAACAGAACGAGUCCAUAUUAUAAGUGGCUAGAGCUAAAUUUUGCAUUAUUACACUGUGAAAGUCCGAAAGAUUUGGCAAUGUUAUUCCUCUGUCUUUACAGAUGUUGUGUUAUGAGUUUAUGAAGGGUUUCAAUGAAUGAAGGAAUCCAUAAAGUGCCUCUUUUUGCAAUGCAA